GCACGCGUCGUCGGGAUUUGCCGUUGCACACAAGUCGCCCUUCGUCACGGCCAAGGUCGGACACAAAACUCGCUCAGGCCAGCUUCCACAUAGACAGUUUGACUGGCCAGCAUGAGCGCUCUCCGUUUCGCUAACCGGAUCCUCCCAUCCUCUGCGCUAGUGGCGCCUACCCGUCGGUGGAUCUCCACCACUCGCGUUACACGCGCGGAAGCUGUUAGCGUUGCGACACCGGCGGGAAACGUUGGGGCCGUAAAGACGGAAAGGAAACCUGUUGGAGCGUUCCGUGGAGGCAUCGUCGGGUUCCUCUUUGGGUUCUCGCUCGCCGCCUCGUACGCCGCGUACCACCUCCUUGAUGAGUACAAGUUAGCGUCCGCUGCGCUUCAGGCCAGCGUGGAAGAGUUGCACGCCAGCACAGAGAAGAUAUCUGCACAGAUACGACGCAUCGAGGCUGUUGAGAAGGAUCUGAAGGCACUUUCUGGGACUUCGGCCAGCAAAGAGGAUCUGUCGAAGAUUCGCGCGGAGGUUAAGAAGUUGUAUGAUGGCUUGCACGUCGAGUUCCUGGACCUGCGGAGUCAUGUUUGGGGCAUUCAGCAAGACGUACAUGCGUUAUCGAAGAAAGAUUCCACUACCCUUCGAGUGUGAUCCUACUUCCUUUACGGCGCUGUACAUCCUCUGCUGUGAUAUCUAUUGGACUUCUUCACCGGAUCAUCUACAUCUCG